AUGUUUCUUCUGAAGGAGAAGGAUGAUACGCCGGCCUUAUUUACCGAAAUGGGCGAACUUGGUAGCAAUGAGUGGAGAGAGACUGCUCGUUGGGUAAAAUUCGAAGAGGACGUUGAACAGGGUGGAAAUCGGUGGUCAAAGCCUCACGUCGCUACAUUGUCCUUGCACUCCUUGUUUCAAUUGAGAAGUUGCCUGCUCAAUGGCCUCUUCUUAAACGAUUUACCAUAUACGGAUCUACCUGCAAUUAUUGGUUAG